AGACUUCCAGUGAGCCUUGCCACAUCCCCAUCUGACUUGGGGCCAUUCAUCAGCCUUCCAAGCCUAUCAAUGACAUGUCCCCAUCAGGGCUCCUAUAAAAUCAGCCCCUUUCCCAUGAAACAUCAGCAAACAUUUUGACGGGUCUGGCUUUCCCCCCGCUGGAUUUCUGGAGUCUCUACCCCCCUUUCCUCCCUUAUUCCCACCUCCCCCCUUCUCCUCCGCCAACACCACCCCUCUCUGGGCGAACCUCAGAUCCUCAACAUCUCCUGUGACGGGCAGUGGUCACGGAAACACAGAGCGAGACAAGGGGAGAGCCGCCGAGGUGGGGGAAACGUGCACUAAGCCAUUUUCUUGGAGGAGCCAGUGUCGUUGAUGGGAAGAGGAUGCAUUGCGGGCUGCUGGAGGAGCCUGAUAUGGAUUCCACAGAGAGUUGGAUUGAAAGAUGCCUCAACGAGAGCGAGAGUAAGCGAUAUUCCAGUCACACGUCUCUGGGGAACAUGUCCAACGAUGAACAUGAAGAAAAAGAAAACAACAGAGCCUCUAAACCACAUUCGACACCGGCUACUCUGGAAUGGCUAGAAGAGAACUAUGAGAUAGCUGAAGGUGUGUGUAUCCCUCGAAGUGCCCUCUACAUGCAUUACCUAGACUUCAGUGAAAAGCACGACACACAGCCAGUGAACGCGGCCAGCUUUGGAAAGAUCAUAAGACAACAGUUUCCAGCGUUAACUACCAGAAGGCUGGGGACAAGAGGGCAGUCGAAGUACCACUACUACGGCAUUGCGGUGAAGGAGACCUCUCAGUAUUAUGAUGUGAUGUACUCCAAGAAGGGAGCGGCGUGGGUGAACGAGACGGGGAAGAAAGAGGUCACGAAGCAGACAGUGGCGUAUUCACCGCGCUCCAAACUGGGGACGCUCCUGCCAGAGUUUCCAAAUGUCAAAGACCUAAAUUUGCCCGCCAGCCUGCCAGAAGAGAGGGUGUCAACCUUCAUCAUGAUGUACAGAACGCACUGUCAGAGGAUACUGGACACUGUUAUUCGAGCCAACUUUGACGAGGUCCAAAGCUUCUUGCUGCACUUCUGGCAGGGCAUGCCGCCCCACAUGCUCCCUGUCCUCGGCUCCCCCACCGUGGUGAACAUAGUCGGCGUUUGCGACUCCAUCCUCUACAAGGCCAUCUCUGGGGUGCUGAUGCCCACCGUCCUGCAAGCACUGCCUGACAGUUUGACUCAGGUUAUCCGAAAAUUUGCCAAACAGCUUGAUGAGUGGCUAAAAAUAGCACUUCACGACCUUCCUGAAAACCUGAGGAAUAUCAAAUUUGAAUUAUCCAGGAGAUUUUCUCAGAUUCUAAAGCGGCAAACGUCAUUAAAUCAUCUAUGUCAGGCGUCGAGGACUGUGAUAAACAGCGCCGACAUCACCUUUCAAAUGCUGGAGGACUGGAGGAAUGUGGACUUGAACAGCAUCACCAAGCAGACACUUUACACCAUGGAGGACUCACAAGAGGAGCACAGGCAGCUUAUUAUCCACUUAUAUCAGGAGUUUGACCGUCUAUUGGAGGAGCAGUCUCCAAUUGAGGCGUACAUCGAGUGGCUGGACUCGAUGGUGGACCGCUGUGUCGUCAAGGUGGCAGGGAAGAGGCCCGGGUGCCUGAAGAAGGUGGCCCAACAGUUCCUGCUGAUGUGGUCGUGUUUUGGUACCAGAGUCAUCCGGGAUAUGACCCUCCACAGCGCGCCCAGCUUUGGGUCCUUCCACCUGAUCCACCUCAUGUUUGAUGAUUAUGUGCUUUACCUGCUGGAGUCCCUGCACUGCCAGGAGAGAGCCAACGACCUCAUGAGGGCCAUGAAGGGAGAGGGCAGCACAGCAGAGAGAGAGGAGGAAUUCACGCUGACAGAAACCACCCCCACCUCCCCGUCCCCAGGAUCCUACUCUCCCGCUCGCUCGGUCCACUCUGUGGGCGUUUCCUCGGCCAGUUCCCCCACAGCAGCCGUGUCCCCGGAGUACACCGGAGUCACCACCACCACAGGCGCUGUUCAGUCAUAUACCUGGUCCCUUACAUACACAGUGACAACAGCCGGCGGCUCCGCUCCAGACGCUGGACAGCAGCUGUCCUGUAUGAGGAGCACCGCUCCAGUCCCACCUCCGUCCUCCACCCACCGGAUGCCUGUCUACAGAGAGGAGCACGGGUACACUGGUAGCUACAACUAUGGCAGCUACGCCAACCAGCAUCCUCACUCCAUCCAGAGCCAGUAUCCCAGUCUGGCCCAUGAGCCAGCGAUCCCCGCCCCCCUCCACUACUCUGCCUAUCAUCGGUCGUCUGCACAGUACCAGCUCAACGGCCAGAUGUCUCGAAUGGAGCCUUGCUUGAUGGGCAGCACUCCUCGGUUGCACCCCGCACCUGUCGCCCCCCGGUGGCCAGAUGUGUCGCCAGCUAACAGCUGUUACACCAGCCCACCUAUGCAUUCAUCCCGCUAUGCUACGUCUGGGGACAUGUACUCUCCCCUGGGCCCACGCAGGAACUCAGAGUACGAACACUCGCAGCAUUUCCCCGGCUUCGCCUACAUCAAUGGAGAGGCCACCACAGGCUGGGCGAAAUAGCCUGUAAACACUGCUCUGGGUAGCCGUGUUCAAGCUCCAGGCCUGCCACACCGGUGGAUGCAGAGUCUCUGAACACUUCCAAUCAAGUGCAUCAAAAAGGGAGGAGCAGAGAGAGGAGAGUACCAAUGCAAGGUAUAAGGAAUCAUGGUAUGGACGCAUUUGAGUAGACUCUGAUGAUUGUGGUGUAACUUGUGCGGAGGCUUAAUGAAAUUUCUUCAACAAUUGAUGUUUUUGCUCACUGCUGGAGGAAAAAAAUCAAAUCAUAUAGAUUGUCAAAACCUGCAGCAAAAUCAUUAUAAGAGUGCAAUGCUGCUGCCAAGCUGUGCCUUUGUUUUAAGGAAUGUACACCUCUGUUUCCCUCGCCGGUCUCACAAGUCAGCACACAACCACCAACCCUCAGUCAGUUUUGUCGAUGACUGACGGAUCGAUGUGCUGUAAGCUGUGUCACUGACACAAUCUCAGUGACGCCGCUGUCUCCUCUUGUUGCUCAGCACUGUGCAGCAUCUUGUCGUGGGCUCGCUGCAGCAGCUUCAUUUGCUGCAGGAUGUGGAUGAACUGUACUGCCUUAACGUUCAUUUGGGACACCAGUUACAUACAGUGGCACAAAGCCAAAACAUCAUAACGACAGAUAUAAACUUCUCGAUCAGUGUGUUAAGGUGUCUCCAUCUUGGAUAGUGUUUUUUAAAUGAUUGAAUGCUGUGACUCAAAACAACUGUGCGAGUGUAUUCUGUCGCAAGCUUUUUUGCUGUUUUUCUGUGAUUUUAUAUAUAUAUAUAUAUAUGUAUAUAUACUAUAUACUAUACAUAUAUAUAUACAUAUAUAUAUAGUAUGUAUUUUCUGUAACUUUGUAACAUGGUGUAUCCUUUAUUUUCUAUGUUACAAUUGGUACUUUGUUCUCUGUUUUGUAUGGUUAGUGAAAGACGCAUUAACCUAGGGUUGUGUGUUUUAUAAUGCACUCAAAGCUACUGAGGACCUAUUACCCUAUGGGUAUUUAUAAAAAGGGAAAUUAUCAAAGUGUACAGUAACAUGAAGUCUAGUCACUUUUCUGUAAAUAAAAGCACUGGAAACCGUCUGUGGUGACAAUUUAAAA